GGCGCUCUACGACCGCGUGCAGAUCCAAUUCGAACCGCGAACGGUGCGAACGGUAAAGACUCAAGAGACUCAGGAAAAACUUAACUACUCGGUCGGUUCUAUCUUUAGCAUACACGCCGUGUGUGUGUGGGGCUUGCUGGUGUGGUCCACUCACUCUCCCAGCACCGGCAAACACACACCGAUUGCAUCUCUGACCAGUUCUCGUGGCUCAGCUCACUAAGCACGGUGCGGACGGAGUUGGAGUGGAGUUGAGUUGAGCUUUUAGUCAAGUCGCAGACGUCGUGCGUUUCGGGCAACGGGCUACGGUCAGCGCGACCGGAUGAAAAUGUGCGGAUUAUAAUUAAUCGAACAAUCGGGAUAUUAUUGUGUAUUGUUUGGUAAUUGUGCGCCAUUUUGGAUAACAAAACAACAAGAGUGGUUUUUAUUUGGUUUCCGGUUGUGUCGCAUGUUUAGGCGGCGGUUUCAUUGAGGAGAAGAAGGGUAAUUCGCGACAGUGGUGGAUUACAAUUGGAACAUGCUGUCGGCAGGGUUGGGGUUCACGAAUCCCGGGACGGGUGCGACGCCGCCGUACAGCCCACCGCCGAGACACAGUCCACUUCCCAGUUUUGGAUUUACACAGGAACAAGUCGCGUGUGUUUGCGAGGUUCUACAGCAAGCAGGGAAUGUAGAAAGGUUGGGCAGAUUCCUCUGGUCGUUGCCAGCGUGCGACAAACUCCACAACAACGAAUCGGUGCUGAAAGCCAAAGCAAUCGUUGCCUUCCAUCGCGGCAACUUCAAGGAGCUCUAUCGUAUCCUUGAGAGUCACACCUUCAGCACGCACAAUCAUGCGAAACUGCAAGCACUUUGGCUCAAAGCUCACUAUGUGGAAGCCGAAAGACUCAGAGGAAGACCUUUGGGAGCUGUAGGCAAAUAUCGUGUACGCCGAAAAUUCCCUUUACCCCGAACAAUCUGGGAUGGCGAAGAGACUUCCUACUGCUUCAAGGAGAAAUCACGGACAGUUUUACGCGAUUGGUACACGCACAAUCCUUAUCCCAGUCCACGUGAGAAACGUGAGUUGGCGGAAGCUACCGGCCUGACCACAACUCAAGUCUCGAAUUGGUUCAAGAACCGGCGGCAACGCGAUCGGGCAGCUGAGCACAAAGAUUCAACUCAAGGCGGUGGAGAACGAGCACAUCUUGAUUCGAGUGGUUCCGAUAGUGAGUCGGAGGCGGGGACGAAAGCAAGCGUUCUAUCUGGUGGCGGCGGUGGUGUUGGUGGGGGCGGUGGGGCGCAUUAUGCGCCGGCGUCGUUGAGCGUAGGCAUGCCGACGCAGGUACCGGUGAACACCUAUCCGACGCUCGCGGCGACAAACAUCAUCCAACCGAUGUACCAUGCGCCGGAGGCGGCUAGAUGCGGCCUCCUACAUGACUACCAGACGUUGUGACAAUGGUUGGGCAAUAGCAAUGGCGCGCCGCAGCCACCACAGCUGCCGCACGACGAAACCAAGUCGAUGAUGAGCGACCAUCAACAUCAGCACGCGCUCGCCAGCAACAACGUAAACGUUUAGUGAGAUUUACUUAAAUUUUAACCUUUAGACGUCUUCGUUUUCAUUGAGCACGCAACCAAAAGAUACUUAAUUAGACUACGAUGCAAUGGAAUCGAUGAAAACGCAAGGCAAACAUAAUUGUAAUUAUUGUAAUCAAGAAAAUUUCAAAGGAGAACGGUUGUAUAAUUGUGUAUAAAUUAAGGUUCUAUUCAAAUAUCAAAGAGACAUUUAAAUAUUUUCUAUAUGUUGGAUGAAGAUCCCAAAGUAUAAUAAUACGUAAGAAUGUUUCAGAGGAUGUGGACUUGUGAAAAUUAUUUAUGAAAUGAAACAAAUUGAAUAAUAUUGUAAUUAUUGGACAUUGUACACUAGCGAAUUGAAUUUUGGUCGCCGCCAUUUUGAGUGCGGUCGCGCGACGCCAUGGAAAUGAGUUUUGAAGCGAUGUUAAAUGUUAGUACUUGUUAUUGUAAAUGAUACUUAUGUUUGUAUAUAUUCAUUAUUAUUAUUAUUUAUUUUUUCAUUUAUAUUUACAUGAUAAGGUAUUGUGUAUUUAUUGUACAUACCAGUACGAGGACGAUCUGGCGCCAGCAGGAGGAGAGGAGUAUUGUACGUUGCUAGGGCACACACAUAACGAUCACAAUUGCAUUCAUAAUUUCUGCACAAAUCGAGAUAAGGAACGGCAAUAAUAUGUGCUUUUCGUCAGUUAUUAAAUAUACGAUUAUCGAAACCAA